AUGCAGUCUUUGUCCGCAGCUAUUCAGCCGAUCAUUUGCUCUCAAAAGGCACAAUCGGAAAGCCUAUCAGUUAUUGAAAAUUUAAAGUUGAUGUUUCGUAAAUCAUUGGGAAAAAAUGAUCUUAUGCAAUGGAUAAUGUUAGGGCAUCACUUACGGAAAAUGAUAGACAUGAAUGUGAAAAUUGAGGUAGACUCCGAGUUAAAUUACUAUCUGUCGCGCAGCAUAAAAUCUUUGAUGAACGUCACCGUGGAACCUCCACCACGUUUGCCUCGGAAAUUUGUCCACAAGCUGGAAUCAAUAAUCGAGAUUUUUCGACGUUGUUCUAAAGAGGGUGGAGAGGACGCCGUUGCCAAUGAAGAACAAACCAAUUACAAGUUCCGUUUUCCUUUACCAAGCUCUACUGAACCACAUUGGAAAGUUUGGCUGUCGGAAUUCUACAAACCUAUUAUGGAGUUGGAUGAAAGUGUGAGAGAACUAUUUGCUUCAAAAAGGCUGCACUUCAACAGCCAACAUUUCCUCAAAGAUAUGUGCACUUUAAUGGAGGAAGACACUGCCAAGGUGAAAAAUGCGUUCUUACCUUUGAGUCUACCAGCCCUGUGA